AAACACUCACAAAAAUUAGUAGGAUGGCAACUCUGAUCAGUUGUUGAUUUUUGAUGGUCAAUCACCUGUCAUUGUUCACCCGAUUUGUUGGUUAAAUUAAUGGUUAGAAAGUUAUGUUUGUUUUUCUUUCGUUUGUUAGUGAUAAAUAAACAUGACAGAUGGACAAAAUGAUAGUAACAAUACUGAUUUUGUCUCGGCUAAUGUGUGGGAAGGAUUCAGCAAUUGGUUACAUUGCAUUUGUGUUGUAACAUUUGAUUUAGAAUUAGGACAGGCCCUAGAGACCCAGUAUCCCAAACAUGUUCAACUGACUGAACAGGAAAUAUCGAAUAUUUGUUACUCAGCUUUCCCAGACUCCAACUCAGGAUGUAUGGGAGAUACCAAGUUUGUUAUAAGAUUACCUACUAAAAGCAAAAGAGAUUUUAAUUCUGAACAUGUCAAUUAUAAUAUGAAAUGUCCCCCUGCGCUGAAGAUAGAUGAAGGGUAUAUUUGGGGCUAUGUUUAUUUCAGGCAAGUCAGAGAUAUUAAUCUACCCAGAGGAUAUUUUCAGAAAAGCCUUGUGCUGUUGUCUUACCUUCCCUUUAAUAACUUGUUUACCGAAAUAUGCGAUUAUAUUGCACCUGAAUAUUUUGAUCAUGGGGAAAAAUGUCUAGAAGCAAUUUGUAAUAACAUAAAACGAUGGCCACCCCCAACGCCUGGAAUAAGCUUGGGUUUGCCUAUUUUAGGACAGGUCUUUCAGACUUGCAUCCCUGUAAGCUCCGUUAGAGGAAAUGAAUUCGGAGAAUUUAAGGUUUUAACUCAAGUGGAGGAGUUAAAUCUCUUUGAACUUUUCAAACCUGUCUUAUCUCAUAUUCAUUUGUUAUGGGAACUUGUUAUAACAUCAGAGCCUAUUGUUGUUAUGGCUUCAUCUCCUACAAAUUGUUCCUCUAUGGUUUUAGCAUUGACUAGGCUGAUUUCACCACUGCAGUUCUGUGGAGAUUAUCGACCUUACUUUACCAUACAUGAUAGUGAAUUUAAACAAUAUAAGCAAUACACUUGUAAGGAACGUUUCCCUCGUUUUCCGCCUCCCGCCAUUUUGGGGGUAACAAAUCCAUUUUUUGCCAAAACUUUUCAACACUGGCCCCAUACGAUUAUACUGAAUGAUGGCGCUGGUCAGAAUUCAAAGUACAAAGUGAAGAAGCCAGCCCUAUCAAAAAUGAUUGAAAACUCUUCAGGAAUUUAUACAUCAUAUAAACCCUUUUUGCAAAAAGAUAAAAAUAUUAUUAAAAAUCUGAUGACUGGGGUAAGUUCUAACCGGCCCGACGAAGCUCAAUCUGCCUUAUUAAGGAAGCAUUUACUGGAACUAACUCACAGCUUCAUGUACCCAUUGGAGAGAUAUAUUGCUAGUUUGAUGCCAUUACAGAAAGAUAUAUCUGCUUUCAAGGCCGUACCCAUUCCCAGUCCUUUCAAUCCAGAGAACUUCUUUACAACAUUGGACACAGGUGGACCGCAGUUAACUCUCAACAAAACAAACAUAAAAGGAGACUGGACAGGCCUCUACAGAAAGUUUUUCCGAUCCCGCAAUUUUAAUUCCUGGUACCAUUCAAGGUAUAGGGAAUUGGCUCAAAAAUUGCAAGCCCUUCAUACCGAAGCUCUGUCUAACGCAGAUUUGAAAAAUUGGGUGCAAGAUCGCCCUGAAGUUGAAGUGGUAGACAUGGUUCUGCGGUUGAAGAACAAAAUUGGAGAAUGUGAAAAUGAGAUUCCUGUUAGUGAAACCGUGAAGCAACAACUAAAUGAAAGGAUGCAAGAUGUUGUAACAUCUCUUCCAGAUGAUCUUAAGAAUAUAUUGAAAAUUUCAUGAUACUGGUUUAAUGGGGCUGGAAAUAUUAGUAUUUCUCCACACUUUCUUUCCCAGCCCGUUGCUGUUUCCUAGAAUUGCUUAGAUCAUUUUCCAUUUUAAAUUGGAGAUCUGGUAUCUACCGUUUUCAUGGGAAAUUUACGUGCUUUAGGUAUUGUUAUCACUAAAAGUGUGCGACAAAUGAUCAAAUUUUGCCAAAAUCUGAGUGUAUAUUAUUUGGAAACAGGAUUUUCACAUUUAUAUUAUCACAUGAGAUUAUUUUUUGUAGGAAAUGAAUUUUGGAUAUGCUCAAUACCCAGGUAGUGACUUGUAAAGUUCAAGAUCUGGCUUGGAGUCUUGUAGUUGCAAAAGUUCGAGAGGAUGUCAAUUUUUAAGAAUCGAAAUAUUGAUAGUUAAUGUUUAUUAUUGUCAAGUCAAGUUCGUUUAGCAGCAGGCAACAUUUAAUAUAAGUUUUUAUAAAUGUUUGUUAAAUAAUGUAUAUGUUACAUUAACAGUCGUCCAAUGAUGAACAAUUUUUUAUAUACUUGCGAAUAUUUUAUGAAUAAACGUUUAUUUUAUU